AUGAAAGUGGAGGUGUCAAAGAAGAUAGUGUCUAUGAUGAGGUAUCGCUGCAAAUUGGUUAAUCAAACGCAACCAUCACUAUUAAAAAUUCCAGUAGUUGUGCUGAUGGAGAAAAUAAAGAUGAAGCCAGUACCUCUGCUGGCUUCAAGUGCAUUGGGGAUUUUAUUGAAUCCAUGGCAACCUGAAAAAAGUUAUAAUUUUAAGAAUGACAUAGACAGCACAAAAAGAACAUUUCAACCAGACUGGCUGUCAUUAUAUCCAUGGCUGGUCUAUUCUAAAGCAGUUAAAGGUGCCCUCUGCAAGUUUUGUGUGCUUUUCAGCCCACACAUAACACAUGGUAGUCAUCAUGGUACUUUCAUAAGCCACCCAUUCACCAAUUUCAAAAAGUUCCAUGAAUGUGCAAAAAUGCAUAUGAAUUCUGGGUGGCAUAAAGAUGCAAUAGAAAAGUCAAAUAAUUUCAUUAGUGUUGUGACAAACAAAACUAAAAGUGUGGAAGAACUCGCCAACGAGAAUCUUCCGAAAUUAGUACAAACUAAUCGUGCAAAGUUAAAAUCAAUUGUUUCUUGUGUAUUGUUUUGUGCAUUACAUGACUCACCUUUAAGAGGAGAAACAAAUUCAGAUGCUGUAUUUGAUGAUUUGUUACAAUUUAGAUUACAGUCAGGUGACGAAACACUGUGGAAACGUUUUGAGGGUGCGCCUAAGAAUGCUACCUAUGUUUCUCAUAGAACCCAAAAUGAUUUAUGUGUCAAAGUACUAAGAAAUGAUUUGAUUAAUACCAUCAAUAACAGAGAAUCAUUUUCAGUUUUGGCAGACAAAUCAAUGGAUAUUGCAGGCACAGAACAACUUUCUCUUUCUGCGCGUUAUUUUGACCAUGCAACUAAUGUUGUCAGAGAAGACUUCCUUGGAUUUACACCAUUAGCAACGUUAGAUGUAAAACAUAUCCCCAAUACAAUAAUAUCUACUUUAUCUGCUUGGGGUUUAAAUCUAGAUAAAAUGGUAGGACAAGGCUAUGACGGGUGCAGUAUGAUGGCCGAGGUUAGAAUUGCCAUUGGUACUACCAAAGAAGGAAUUUCUUUUUUCCGGGGGAGCACGCAAAGGAAAGUCCUAGUUGGGAACCUUCAAAAACUGUGUGAGACACACUGGUCUGAGAAGCAUAAGUCUAUAAGGAAAUUUAAUGAUAAGUUUUUAGAAAUUGUUGAAGCAUUAGCAAUUUUACAUAAAGAAGGAGAUCGUGAAACUAGUCAGAAAGUCUGGCAACUUUACUGCACACUUACUUCUCCAACAUUUAUUCUUACAUUAAAAGUCAUAGCAAACUAUUCAGCCAAACUAGAACCUGUCACCAAUAUCCUACAAUCAGUAAACAUUAACUUGUUAGAAGUUUCAGAACACAUUCAAGGAAUUGUAAAAAUGUUAUUGGAUGACAGAGAAAAUGCGGAAGCCAAAUUUGAAAUGAUAAUGAAAACUGCUGAAAGCAACUAUAUCCAGUCCUUGCAAGAACAGUUUUCAGAAGAUAACAAGGCAUCUUUUGAGAUUUUCUGCUUGCACCCAAAGGUAAUGAAAUCCCAAAGCAACCUAGAUAUGAAAAGGAUAAUUGAAAAUAUCAAAAGAUUUUAUGGCGAUCUUUUAGAUAACUUCACUGAAGAAGCAUGGACAUGGAUCAGUAUGUGGAAACGCAAUAAAGUAACUGAAGGAGAUAUUGCUCAAUUAAGCCUGACUGAUCUACUGGACAAAGCCAAAUUCAUGCCCACCAUAGCUUCAACCUUGAAGAUAGCCCUUAGCUUACUGGCAACCACCUGCUCUGCGGAAAGAUCAUUCAGCUUUCGCAACCAACAGUUGCCUCGUCAGGAAAGAGGGAAGGAGAAGGAAAGACAAAAGGAUAUGGGUUUUAAGGGAGAGGGUAAGGAGUCAUUCCAAUCCCGGGAGCGGAAAGACUUACCUUAG